GCUAAAGAAGAUGAUUUUGAGAAAUUUGACUGUGUUGCUUUUAUAAAUGCUGCUGAGAACCUGCUGACGCUAGAGCCAUUUCGGAAGUUUCCAGGACUGCGGGAACUGGAACUUUCCUUGAACAGACUAAGAAAUCUGAAAAUCACCGCUAGAGAAUUCCUGCAUUUGGAAGAUCUGGAUCUCUCCUACAAUAACUUGUCGCCCCAGGACAUUUGGACAUUGGGAGACUUGUCCCAGCUCAAAAUCCUUCGCUUGACAGCCAACGGGCUUCGUUCUCUGCCUCCGGACCUGGCAGGCUCGUGGGACUCUGCUCAUUUAAGGUUUCCAUCUCUGGAGGUCUUGUUGCUGGAUGACAAUCGUCUGUCAGACCCGAGCGUCUUUGUGAGCCUGUCUCAUCUCUGCAGCCUGAGGGAGCUGAAUCUGGACAGGAACAGGAUUUCGGCUGUCCCCUACCUGCACCAAGCAGAGAGCAGGCAGUUCUUCCUCCACCCCGCGCUGGACGGUGACAGCUUCAGGGCAGAGUGGUACAAGUCCCUGAGCAGCCUCUGGCAGCAGCCCCGGCUGCCGCAGCAGGAGGAUGUGGAGGUGCCAGCAGAGCUGGAAGCGAAGAAAGGACAGCUUGAAUAUGUCAUGUUACAGAACGAUGGGGAUCUGGACAGGACGGAAGCUGUUUUUAAUUCUGGCUCUCAGGAACACCCAGGCCCGGUUGUUCCCAGGGAGGAGGGAGAACCAUCUGCCUUGAGGACUCUGCUGGCUCCCUCCAUGCCCAGGGACGUUUGUGCUGCCUUUCCUGAACUGAAGCGUCUCAGCCUGGCCUUCAACAAGAUUGCAGAUGAGAUGGCUCUCUUACCCGUGGCUUUCUUCCCGUGCCUGAAGGAGCUGACGUUUCACAACAACCCUCUUACCACCACCCGGAGCGGGCAGCCACCUCUGCUGACCCGGCUCCUCCAGCACAAUCUGGGGAUUAAACUUGUCCGACAGAAGAGCCCAGCCGUGGAGAGGUGGCACUUCUCCAUCCCUCUCAAAGCCAGCCGCAAGGUCACGUCACAUCUCCCCAAAGUCACGAAGCGGCCACUGAUGCUGGAAGCUUCUGUCAAGACCUUUCUGUGGAAACAGCUCCCAGCUGCGGUGGAGGCUGCGAGAGACGCUGCAGCUCCAAGUCCGGCCCAGCCGCUGCCCCCCCUGCCUCAGCCCUCGCUGCUCUCCAGCCCAGGACAGCGGAUGCACACAGAGGCCUGUGACCCCAGGCCUUCUCCUGGCUCAGCUGAGGAGGACGUUGCACCCUUCUUCAUGACACAGGUGGAGGAUGUGUCCAGACCCCUGCUGAGACCCGUGGCAGAGGGCAGGCUGGAGAAAAGGAGCGAGCAGAGUCAGGAUGGAAGCUCCCAGGUGGUUCCAGAGCAAUACAAAGGCUACGAGGAGCUGCUCAGUGGAGACACGGACCCAGAUUUUGCUGAGCCAGUCGGGAUACAGAAGAAUGUGCAGGCGCUGUACUACAUCCUGAAACACCCCCUGGUUUACCAAGACACAAAGCCACGACUGGACAGCGUACAGAAGCCCUACGUGCCUCAGAAAAAGCAUGGGAGGAUGCCUGGCCCUCCUGCCCGAAAGACAAGAGCGGAAGUCCUGGAAGGAAUCCUGAUGGCCAUGAGAAACACCUCGACCAUCACCGAAAUCCCCUUGGCGUCUGUUUUGCGAAAGAAGAAAUCCAACCCCAAGAUGUACCGGGAUGCACGGAGGCUGAUGGAGGAAUUCCAGGUGGUGUUGGAGAUCCCCCCUGCAACUGUCGGCGAGGAGACGGCCAAGCUGUCGCAGGAAGUGCAGGUGGUAAAGGCCCUUCUCGCAGAGGCAACAUCCAAGCAAGGGAGCCCCAAACAGCUACAGCUGCCAGGAAAGAGAGCGGCCAAGAAGGUGCCCAAAGUUUAG